UUUAUUCUCACCGCCAAAUUAAUUAUUCUCGACGCAGAUCGCCACGGAUUGCACCUAGCAGCAGAGAGCGCCAUUCAGCUUAGUCGCGCCACAAAAUUUCUCUGUGUUGCAGCCGCUCAUUGCCUGGCCGGACCAUGAAAACGACCAAUCUCGGCCUGUAUGCUUUCCGUUUAACCUUCGGACAGGCGCCGCCGCUAUCUGCGCAGGCCUCGACGAACUGCAGCCAUGCGUACACCACGAGCUCGUCCAGCUCCAACCGUGUGGUGACGCGCUCGGCCACCAUGCUAGCGCUUUUCGGCAUCGCCCUCUCCUCGUUCAGCCUGAAGCAGCUGCUUGCCAAGAAGCACAGCAAGCACAAUGCCCUGCGCAAGCUUUAAAGAGGAGGAUGUCCCUGCCGAAACAGACGGAAACGAUGUUGGGCUAACAUCGGAAGCAAA